CCAGUUGGGUAAGCUAGAUAUCUUUUGUUGCUGGGUCUCUGUUUGAUCUCUCAUGGUUAUUGCCGUGUAUGCAGUUGUACCAAGUUGGAAACAGCAACUAUUUUGGAGUGGCCAUGACAAACUUUGAGAUCGAAUGGUUCUUGUUCCAGCUCGCGUUGGUGCGUUGAAUAUGCAACGGCGGCAUAUGCGCCUUCCACAAAAGGAAUCUCCCUCCCAGUGAAUCCUCACAUACAUAGUGAUCUGCGCUUCUAAAUCGUUUAUACUACUGAAUAUCAACUACCUUACUUUCUGGCAGUUACAGUAGGAAAAGGACCGUGUGUAACUAUCGGUAUGCAGCUGUCGAAUAAACCAGGUCUAGCAUGCCUACACACGGGUAUAGUAAGCGCUCUGGAGGUUUUACGGAACAGACCCUCCAUCGUGGAGGUGCUUCCUAAAGAAGUUUUGAGACGAAUUGCUUAUUUCUCCCUCGGCCUAUAUGGUUUCACCAACUCCCACGGCUAUCUUUACGCUUCCAAGGAAACAUAUAACUGGUGUCUUCCGAUAAUGUACUCUUGGAAGCGGGUUUGCUUUUCACAGCUGGAUUCCUGGUCAAUUGAACUACUCCAUAGAUUCAACUCUAACCCUCACUUUUCUAACAGUAUUCUAUCCUUGAGGGUGGAUUCUCGAUUGGGCUGGCGAAACUACCUUCCCUUGGAGCAACCAAGCUUGGUCCCUUCUUUGAGGAUCCUUAUAUCCAACCAAUACCUCAUUUCAUCUCUCAUACUAUGUUUCGACAACGCGGCUGUCAUUCCGUUGUUGUUCGAACUACCACCCUCCUUGGAAAAGCUCUCCAUAAUAAUCCAAACACCCGUUUCACACUCAACCGGAUCCAAGAAACACUUUCAAAGGAUGGUUUCGUCAAGUGUCCAGACUGUUGAUAGGAGACCUCCAAGCAACUUGAAAUUUUUGCUGCUCCUAUCCAAGUCUCCUAUGUAUAAAGAAAGAAUCUUUCCAGUCUUGUUACCCACCCGUUCUACUGCCCUCUACUGCCUGUCCCCGCCCGCUUUUUACGAAAGUUACUUUUCACAUAGCAGGGGAACGCAAAUUGUGAAACAUUUCAGCUCGACAAAAUUUGCUUUGGGGAAAAUUCUAUACUUAUUGCUCAGCUAUUUACGAAAUACCCUCUUGGCUAUUACUCUUGAUAAUAUCGAUGCGGCAUUGGUGUUUGAUGGAGCGAGUCCCGAUACUCAUUGUCUUCAUUUCCCGCUACUCCGUGCCUUAAUAUUGGAUAAUACGUCGCGAGCAAAAUUGGCGGACUGGUUAGAGUUAUUUCACAGACAGAAUAAUGACGGCCCGAGGUUUGGAGAAAAAUCAUUGGCCGUGGUGAUGAAAGACUAUAUGGGAAACACGUUAUAUGGUCGAAGUGUCAAGAGAAUGGCACGCGAGUCUGACAAUAUGAAUAUUGCAUCUUGGAAAUCCACCAAACCCUUGGAACUUCAGUUACAACGAACUAAAGUCUCUUAUCGAGUUGAGUGAAUUACACACGAGGUUCUUAACAAGACCACAAACUAGCACGUUUAUAUUGAGGCUAGUUUUUUCCGGGGGAUUACACCCAAGGUAGCUCGGAGUCUAGGAUUCUGGGAAGCCAUCUAAAGGUAAUAGCAAUCUUUUAAUAAGAUUUUGGCAGGAAUCUGGCUAGUAGUAUAGUUUAUAAUGAAUAUGUAUAUGACCAUGGUAUUAAUGAAUUGCAGUCGCCAACUUCACACAAUGCGUUCUGCUCUGAAAAGUUUCGAAUCUCGUAUUUCCAACCCUAUUCCAACCUAAACCGUUCCAAUAAAAUAGCCAUGCACGAUUAGUAAGUUAUAAAAUACAUAGUGUUUCAUUCUAACCUCAGAAACCGGAUGUUUAACAAAACUCGUUGAUUUACCGAAUCGUGUUAGCGAAUCACUUUCCGAAGUGUCCGUUAAUGAUUUAUACCUGUUACCUUUCCCCAAUUACUCGUCAAGGUAUUAUGCUUGCUGAUUC